AACCUCCGAAAGAGAUUCAAAGAAAUUUGGAUCAAAAAUUAGAUACGCGCAUUGACAUGCCCAUUCCUGAUAGCCCUUUCAAAUUUCAAGUGGCGAGAGAUUUGCAAAAAUCAAGUCCUAUUGAAAUUGAAGGUGAAGGUUUAACCAUUGAAAAUGUGAUACAGGUGUCUCGUUUUCGUUGUGAAGCUCGUCUCACCACUAAUAACGCCAUUAGAGAAAAAAUAACAAUCUCGAAUAAUUAUAUUAACAAUGCUAUCGAUGAAGGAAAGACUAUCUACGGAGUUAAUACCAAUUUUGGUGGUAUGGCCAAAAAACAUCUGUCAAUUGAAGAACUUACCUUGCUCCAAAAAAAUUUAAUUUGGGGUCACAAAUGUAGUAUUGGUAAACAAUUACCUGUAGAACAUGUUAGAGCUAGUAUGUUAAUACGAGUUAAUGCUCUUAUGCGAGGUGUAUCGGGGAUUAGGCUCGAAUUAAUUGAAAGGGUGUUAAAGUUUUUAAAUGCUGAUGUAAUUCCCAUUGUACGCGAAUAUGGUUCAAUUGGUGCAAGUGGUGAUUUAGUUCCUUUAGCACAAAUUGCUGGUGUUAUUAUUGGAUUAGAUCCUUCUUUUAAAGCUAAUUAUUUAGGAAGCGAGAUAGAUGCUCUUAGUGCACUCUCAAAAUUAGAAUUAAAACCAAUUACACUUGGUCCAAAGGAAGGUCUGGCUCUUAUCAAUGGUACUUCAUUUUCAACUGGUAUUGCAACACAAUGCAUUUACGAA